ACGCAGUUAGUUACCUGGGUUGCAAUCGACGCAUAUUUAGUUGGUUUAGUAUUGAUUGCAUUGAAAUUAAUUAAAGUUGAGGUAAGUCUAAAAUUAACAUGGAUGUUCUGUGGGAAGACAGGGACGUUCGCUUUGAUCUGAGCUUGCAACAGAUGAACAUGAGACCUGGAGAAUUCGUAAUACAAACUUUUAACUCGGUAGAAGACACCAAAGGCAACAACGGGGACAACGGAAAACUGCUCGUGACGAAUUUACGGAUAAUGUGGCAUUCUCAUACUCUACCUAGAGUAAACCUUUCUAUUGGUUUCGGCUGUAUACAUAAUAUUACCACUAGAAGAACCAACUCUAAACUAAGAGGCCCAACAGAAUCUCUGUGCAUUUCCACAAAAUGCAACAGUAAUAAAUUUGAGUUUAUUUUUACCAACGAUGUUUCUGAGCAAGGUGGACUUUUCGUCACUGUCAUGUCUGUGUCUAAAGCAUAUGACUCUACAAAACUGUAUAGGGAUUUAAAGCUGAGGGGAUCACUGAUACAGGGAAAGCAACUGAAGAUGCUGCCCAAGGAGGAAAUCUACAAUCGCAUCAAUGGGGUUUGGAAUUUAUCCAGCAACCAAGGAAAUCUAGGAACAUUUUUUGUGACAAACAUCCGUGUUGUGUGGCAUGCUAACAUGAAUGAAAGCUUUAAUGUUAGUGUGCCGUAUCUUCAAAUACAGACCGUUAAAGUGAGAGACUCAAAAUUCGGUUAUGCCAUGGUGAUAGAAAGCACGUGGCAAAGUGGGGGCUAUGUGCUUGGCUUUCGAAUUGACCCGAUUGAGAAACUGCAAGAGGCAGCGAAAGAGAUUCAAAGCCUCCACAGAGUCUACUCGGCAAGUCCCAUUUAUGGUGUGGAAUACCACAAAGAGUCCAUUGUGCAUGAGGACAGUGGAGCAAAUGAUGGUCAAAUUAUGGCACCGGUUACAGAAGAUUUAGAUAUUGACACCAGUAUUAAGACAGAUGCAUCUGUGGCUUAUUUUGCAGAUGGUGCAUCGUAUGAGAACAAUGAAAGUGCAGCACCACCAGUUUUUUGUCCGGAAUUGGGCCUUGCAAUUGAGCCAAUUAAGCCAGGAUACACACUGAAAAGCCUUUGGAGUAUUUUAUAGCUGAAUUAUUAGUUGACCACUGUUGUUAUAAUGUUGUUCAAUAUGAAAAAUUCAUUUGUUCACUCUUUUCUGCAUUACCUACUUGUCUUUACAAAUGUUUGUAUUGUAUAUUUGUAAAUUCUUAUGUUGUGUUUCAUAUAAAGCAAUGUUAGGUAGUAAAAAUAUGUGUAAACAUGCAGUAACAUUCAUAAUAGCUCAUAAAAUGAUGUCCAACUUUUUACCGUUUAUAAUCAGCCUAAGACCGAACCUUUUUUAUGACCCAAAAACUUUGAUUGCUUUAUUUACAAUAUUCCAGUUUUCUCUUUUAAAUGCAUGGAGUAUAUUAAAUCUAGGAUAAGAGCCACUAGUGUAGUAGUAGUUUUGUGGUAUUGCCACAUCCAACGUUCUGUAAUCUUCAAAUACUUCUGAUUGAAUGUAGUUGACCCAUGUUAUUCAAUGUAUUUAUGUCAUUGUUUACAAUUACAUUUCUCAUUUAAUUACAUACAAUAAGA